AUGGAGCAUCCGGAGCACAACAAUCAGCACCCGGAAGGGAACAACAACGCCGAAGCCCCAGCGCCAGUGAAGGCGGAGGCCGCCGCUGCCGUAUCGGCACAGCAAAUCUCGCUGAAGGUCGUUAACGCCGACGGCGCGGAGAUGUUCUUCAAGAUCAAGCGAGGGACGCAGCUGAAGAAGCUGAUCGACGCGUAUUGCAAGAAGCAGGGCAUCUCCCGCGGGAGCGUUCGCUUCCUAUUCGAUGGCGCGCCGAUCGAUGAGAUAAAGACGCCGGAGGAUUUGGGGAUGGAAGACGACGACGUGAUCGACGCCAUGGUUGAGCAGACCGGUGGGUCCGUGGUGAGGCAGCUGUGA